GAAAUCAUCCAGAAUGCCUCACUGGAAAUGAGAGCCCUGUGUAAAACACGUGAAUUUGUUUACAUUUUGUAAAAGCAUGUCCUUAUUCCAUAUCAAUAGAUAUAUUGGUGGUGAUGAGGAUGAUGAUGUUAUUACUGAAGAAUCUAGGGGAACAUCAGCCAAACAAAUACUAGAGAAAAUAAAAAAGGAUGCUGAAAAACGAAAAAUUCAGAAAUCAACACCCAAUAAAAAACACUUCGUAUCUGAUGCCACAAAUAAAAAAGCAGUGAAAAAUAAAAUAAAAGAAGAACAUAUAUCUGACAAGUCAGGAACUGAAGAUUCAGAACAAUUAGAUUGCUUACAGCAGAGAUUACUUGAGGAUGAAAACAAAACCCCAAGGUUAGGCAAAGGUCAAAAGAGAAAAUCAGAAGGAGUAGAACAUGAAUCAUCUAGUCCCAAACAAACCCUUGGGGUUUCCAUCAGGAAAAGUUCUAAAAAUAAAACUCACAAUGAAACAAGAGAAGAUAUUUUGACAAAGAAAAUAAAGACAGAAACAAAGGAAAAGACAUUUGACCUAGAGGAAAAAGGCUUAGAAAAUUUAUCAUUAUCAGAAGAUAAAAAUGAACUUAGGACUCCAAAUAAGAAAAUUAAAGUCCAAUCAAAUAUAACAUCAGAUGGGGAGGGAACUGGCCAUGAUGAAUCUGAUGAGAUUGACGAAAGUGUUACUGAGAGGAUUGACGAAGACACCUUUACUGAAAAGACUGUAGAUGGUGGUGCUCCUAAUGAUGUAGGAGGUUUUACUGUGAUUGGCGAAGUUAAAGGGAAAGGCCACAAACAGGUUAAAAGAGUUUUGCCAGAAUGGUUAGCAGAUCCUAGUAUUAUCACAUCUGACCUCAAAACCAAGACAUUGCCAGUAUCAUCUAUGUCUACUUUAGAUCAAGAUUUGAGGGACUCUUUACAGAAAAAUGGAAUAACACAAUUUUUCCCUGUCCAGAUACAAGUUAUACCAAUGAUGUUAGAAUCAGUGAAGAUGGGGUUUCUACACGGUAACGGAGGGUUUAGACCAAGUGAUAUUUGUGUCUCUGCACCAACUGGCAGUGGUAAAACACUGGCUUUUGUAUUGCCAAUUAUACAGGCACUAAAGACAAGAGUUACUUGUCAAGUACGAGCUCUUGCAGUUUUACCUGUUAGAGAUUUAGCAGUACAGGUGUAUAAAGUCUUCAAAGCUUAUAGUGAAAAUACACAGUUAAAGGUAGUGUUGCUGGUAGGACAGAAACAAUUUCAUCAAGAGCAACAAACUCUUGUAAAGAAAAGAUCAUGGGGUUCAGAGAGUUUGGCAGACAUUAUAAUAGCAACUCCAGGAAGACUUGUAGAUCAUAUAAACAGUACAGAAGGAUUUAAUCUACGACAACUCAGGUUUUUGGUUAUAGAUGAAGCAGAUAAGGUGAUGGACCAUAUCAAACAGGACUGGUUAUCACAAGUGGAGAAUGCUGUAUACUCUGAUGAAAGAUCUUUAACAGGUGCUCUUACAGUGGCAAGGAGCAAACAUAUGGAAAUACCACUUCAGAAAUUAUUGUUUUCAGCAACACUUUCGCAAAAUCCUGAUAAACUGCAACAGCUAAACCUCUUUCAACCAAAGUUAUUUACUUCAGUAUCUAAGGGAAGUAAUUUACUGAAACCUGUGGAUGUAGUUAUGUCCCCUGAAAAGACUACACAGGAAGAGCAAGAAGAUUCACUAAAUGAAAAUGAAAACAGUAAAGAGGAAGGAAAAAAAGGAGAAUUUAUUGGAAAAUACACAACUCCUUCUGGACUCACUGAAUUCUAUGUUGAAUGUGCUGCAGCACAGAAGCCAUUAGUUGUUCUACAUUUCCUUCAUAAUGUUAACUUCCGUAACAUCCUAUGUUUUACCAACUCUGUGGAAGCUACUCACAGGUUAUAUCAUCUUAUUAAACUUGUUGGCGGUAUAGAAGUAAGAGAGUUUUCUUCUAGUCUACAUACAGCUAAACGUAACAGAAUACUACAACAGUUCUCUAAAGGAAAGAUAGACAUAGUGAUUUGUUCUGAUGCAAUGGCAAGAGGUAUGGAUGUAGAGAAUGUAAAGUAUGUGAUAUCUUAUGAUCCUCCACCAUUUAUAAAGACAUAUAUACACAGAGUGGGAAGAACAGCUAGAGCAGGAAAAGUUGGCACAGCUAUUACUAUGCUACAGAAGAAAGAGUUUUUCCACUUUAAAAAGAUGACACGGGAAGCAGGGAAAACAUCUGUAAAGGAAUUAAAAGUAACCAAAGCAGAUUUACAACCAAUAGUUCCAGCAUUCCAGGAAGCAUUAGAACAAUUACAAGAAGUUUUACAGGUUGAAAAAAUAAAGAGAAAAUCCAAAGGAUGAAAGACUCGAAUGAUUCAAUGCAUUUUACAGGAAGUGAUGACAAGGGAGAUAAUUAACAUUAUUUAUAGCAUGAAGAAAAUUAGAAAUGUACACACAUUACAUUUACUUUUAAAUUACUAUGCAUUUGAAGAAUAAACAAAAUCAGUACAUCAAU